AUGAAGGAGAUGAGAGAGCUCAUCCCUAGCUUGUCUAUCUCACUGUGUGGUCUAUUUCUUAUGUCCAUGACUUUGCAUUUGCACCUGGAUGGACAGUAUAUUAAGCCAAUGCACUAUCUUUUCAUUCUUAACUCCAUGUUGUGCUUUAAGAAUAAUAUUGAGCUUAACUAUGCUGAUAUAAUGAGCAGUUGUGUUAAGAAGACACGGCGAUAUAGAGGGUCUAUUUCUUCCCUCUCCUUAAUCGAGUAUGUUUUUGACUCUGGUCUCAGCAUGUUUUUUGUCUCCACUGGCUUUAGCAUACUAAUAGGAAUAUUUUCAAAUUACAGAAAUAUCUUGGAAGUAUUCAUGCAGACAGAUAUCCAGAAGAAUCUGCUUCUGGUGUGUGGUACUAUUAGUGCAUCCUUCCUCUCUGGGGCAUGCAGUUGCAUAUGCACAUUUAUUUGUGUUGUAUUUUGCAUAUUCAUGAGUAUUUCCUUUGACUUUGACUCAGACAAUAUACUUCUCCCAGUAAUUGCCUCUUUGUCGGAUUACAUAUGCACUAUCUCUUUAAUAUACUUCUCAGAGAAUAUAUUCAUCUCAAUGGGAAAAAUGUACCCAUUGAAUACAGCAGAGCCAAUUACUGUGCCUGGCUUCUAUUCCCAAGUAUUUAUAACAAACACCCUUCUAAUAUGCAUGAUUGUUGCAAUAUUAGGUAUAAUAUAUACGCAAAUAGAAGGCACUCAGAAUCUGAAAUUAUUUGGAGCUUGGUCACUUGCUUUAUCCUUUGGGAUCACAAUGGUUGCAGGGCAUCUUAUAAAUGUUGUCUCUACAAAGGACGUAUGGAUGGGGUGUAUAAUCCCAUUGUUCAAUGGAAUUGCUGGGUCUGUCAUUCUGAUAUACGUUGGGAAGGUGACUACUUACAUUAGUGCACUUGAAAUUGAGGAGAACUUUGAUACCAUUUCAAUUAGCAGUGCGGAAGACACGAAGUCAGGCAGUUUUAUGUCAAACCCGAAUAACAUAAAGACACUCUACACUCUUAUAUGCACAGCCACCUUCUUGGCUGCUGCUGCCUGCUGUCUUCUAAAGCUUUUCUUCACUGCAAUUCCCUUUAUGUAUAUUCUUUUCUUUGGUGCCCUUCUGAAUGUAGAAAUAAUCCUUCUGUAUUAUACUACAAAUAUUCUUGUUAUUAUUCUGCAGUACUUUGAUAUGGAUGUCUCAUAUAAUAUUGUGCCAAUUCUAAAUGCACUCAGUGACUUAUUUGGAAUAUGCGUACUAGCAGGUGCUUCGUAUCUUGUCUUAGUGUGA